UUUCAGUUGAGUUUUUUCUGCGAAACGUAGCGAAAUAUUUGAUAUUCGAGAUUUUGGAAACAGAAAGUCUAUCAAGAUGAAGAUGUUUGUAAUUCUUUUACUGGGCUUGCAGGUGUUCUGGGCUACAGCAUCACCCACAACAGUUAACACAUUGGAGAUAUCUGCCGAUAAGAGCAGAGAAUGCAGUGCCUAUUGUGGAUCAGUUGCAAGGCAUCUUCAAGCAAACACAAUUACAAUCGAAAGCAAGGACACUCAGAUAAGGGAACUCGAAGCCAAGGUUGCUGAUCUAGAAGCUAAACUGGCGAGAAAAGGAACUUCAGAGGCAGCUCCGGUGGAAUCAACUGAUGACCUUGUGUCUAGUCUUCAUCAGAAAAUCGAUGCUAUAAGGAACAAGAUCAAAGAUAUUGGAAACAUCUACUCGGGACCGGUGAACGUUAAAAAACCAGUUAGUGAAGAAAAUGUUGAAAAAUAAUCCCUAUACGUUUUGGAACGAAUUUCACUAGAAAUUAUAAUAAAAGAUUCUGAACAUUA